CGUUAAUUACACACAACAAUUGCGAGUGGUCAAGCCACCCUCGCUCGCUCUGCUUCCUGUGGAGACAAAAACGCCUAAAAAAGGGGAACCUGAACCCUUCUCUCUCUCCCCCUCUCCCUCUCUGCUGCUGCUCCGAUGGAUUUCCAAGUGGUAGUCUUAGCCGGUGGCACCUCGAAGAAUCUUGUCCCUCUAGUCUCCAAGGAGGUCCCAAAGGCUCUGCUUCCGGUGGCGAACCGUCCGGUUAUCUCCUACGUUCUGGAGCUCUUAGAACUCUGUAACCUUAAGAACCUCAUAGUUGUUGUUGAAGGGCAAGAUGCAGCCGUACUCGUUGGAAGUUGGAUUUCAGGGGCUUAUGUCGAUCGUUUACAUGUUGAGGUUGCAGCAGUCCCUGAGGAUGUUGGAACAGCUGGUGCACUUCGAGCCAUUGCACACCACUUGACUGCAAAUGACAUUUUGGUUGUGAGUGGCGAUAUUGUCUCUGAUGUUUCUCCUGGUGCUGUAGCUGCUGCUCAUAGACGUCAUGAUGCAGUAUUAACUGCAAUGCUUUGUUCUGCUCCUGUAAGUGGACCUUCGGAUUCGGGAUCCUCUGUUGGAAAAGACAAAGCUAAGAAACCAGGGCACUACAAUAUCAUUGGGCUGGAUCCGACAAAGCAGUUUUUACUGUACAUAGCAACAGGAGCGGAACUUGAGAAAGAUAUUCGAAUUCAGAAGAGCAUACUCCGUGCGGUUGGCCAGAUGGAAAUUCGAUCUGAUCUCAUGGAUGCUCAUUUAUAUGCAUUCAAGAGGUCUGUUCUACAAGAAGUUUUGGAUCAAAAGGAUACCUUUCAAAGUUUAAAGCGCGAUGUAUUACCUUAUCUUGUUCGUCGCCAGCUGAAUUCAGAAGUGUCAAAUGGUGCACCACAACCAGAAGAAAAUGGAAAUGAGAAGGCUAGUUCUCAGAGCAACCAACUAGUGAUAUCUCGAAUCCUGGCUAAUUCAUCCACUCCAAGCUUCCAUGAGCUCUAUGCACUAGGUUGUAAUGGCUCUACUCCUGCGCAAAGAACCCAUAAAUGCUGUGUUUAUAUUGCUGGAAACAGCAAGUACUGUGUGAGGUUAAAUUCCAUUCAAGCAUUUAGUGACAUUAAUCGAGAUGUCAUAGGAGAUGCUAGCCAUUUGUCAGGGUAUUCAUUCUCUGCACAAAAUAACAUCAUCCAUCCGUCAGCAGAACUUGGAUCUAAAACGACUGUCGGACCACAUUGUAUGCUUGGGGAAGGUUCACAGAUGGGUGACAAAUGUAGUGUUAAACGAUCUGUUAUUGGUCGUCACUGCCGGAUAGGUUCUAACGUGAAGGUUGUGAAUUCAGUUGUUAUGAAUCAUGUUACCAUUGGCGAUGGUUGUUCAGUCCAGAAUUCAGUUAUUUGCAGUAACGUACAGCUCCAAGAUCGUGUUGUACUUAAAGAUUGUCAAGUCGGUGCAGGUUUCGUGGUUCCUGCUGGAAGUGAGUGCAAAGGGGAGGCAUUUGCUAAGAAAGAGAAAUGAUUAAGACAGAGUCCGUGGCUAGAAAUGGAAAGUCGGCAAGUUUUCGUUUCUGCCCCGUGCUUCAAUAGAUUGGAAUAGAUUUUGUCAAUUGAGAGGAGAAGACAUAUUCAGACUAGUUCAGUUUUAUGAAAUAGUUGCUCAUCUCGGAACAAAUUGCGGAAUAGAAAGCCUCGUUGUAUUGUAAGCUUUGAUUUUUCUCGACUCUACUUUUAUAAUACAAUUUUAACAGUCUGCUAUACAGAAA